AUGGCUUCUGUUACCUCGCUGGACCAUGACAUGAAGAAGUUGCGCAUGGAAAGAUAUACGCCACAGGCUGCGAAUGAAGUGCGCGCCUGGAUAGAAGACGUCCUCGGCGAACGGAUGCCUGCGGGAGACUUGCUGGACGCGCUCAAAGAUGGCACUGUGUUGUGCAGACUCGUCAAUCUCGCCAUUCCAAGCCCCGGCGUCAAGUUCAAGAAGUCAGCCAUGCCUUUUAUACAAAUGGAAAAUAUAUCGCACUUCCUACGCGCCUGCGAACAACCGCCACUCAGCAUGCCCGCACACGACCGCUUUCUUACCGUCGAUUUGUACGAGAGCAAGGACCCAGCCCAGGUUCUCCAGUGUCUCGGUGCAUUCAGCCGCGUCGCAAAUGCACAGAAUCCCGCCAACUUUCCCACCACCAUAGGCCCAAAGCGUGGCGGAGGUGGUCCCAUCAGCCCAUCAACCAAUGGCGCUGCCACUUAUACGACUUCCGCUUCAACACUGCCAUCACCUAGUUUCGGACGAAGCAGGGGUCCCAGCACCACCAGCAACACCAGCGGCUCAAGCACCUUCAACCCGCUGGCACGAGCAAGUGAGCGGCCAGCGCUGAGCCCCACGCGCACUGGAGGAUCCAGCAAAUCCCACACGUCCACUGGUCAUCCCACGUCACCUCCUGGCGGAGUUAGUAGCUGGAGCAAGAAGACUGACGAGGGCAUUACAGCGCCGGCAUGGAACAUCCACCAGUAUGGCUACAUGGGCGGUGCUAGUCAGGGCAAUCAGGGCAUCUCCUUUGGCGGGCGACGUCAAAUUACGAGUGCUGGCCCAAGUGUGCCGAGCCUCGCUGAGAAGGAGCGAAAGCGCAGAGAAAAGGCUGAAGAGGAGGAGCGACUGCGUGUACAAGCCGAGGAGGCCGAACAUAGACGUCGAGUCGAGCGCGAAGCCGAAGAAGAGCGCAUACGCAUAGACGAGGAGCAGAAGUGGCAGGAAGAGUCGCGCAAGCAGCAAGAAGCCAAGCAACGGCGGCUAGACGAACAGAAACGUGAGUGGGAAGAGCAGGAACGCCAAUGGAAGCUGGAAGAGGAGCAUCGGCAGCGCGAAGAGCGCGAAGCCCAAGAACGCCUGGAAUCUGAAAUGCGCCGCAAGCGAGCCGGUAGUGACGCCAGACUCAAAGGCCAAUUCCUGAGUCAAUACCAGGCCGAGCAAGCGAGCAAGCCUCGCAGCCGGCGCAACAGCCAAAGCGAAGAGCACAACGCAGAGCGCGAACGCAUACGCGAACUCGAGCGCCAACUCGAAGAAGCCAAAGAGCGCGAACGUCAGUACCAGGCCGAGCGCGAAGGACGUCUUCAAGACAAGAAGGUUCGCUCGCGCUCCAAGAGCCGGGCCCGAGAACGAUCGAAAAGUCGGUCGCGCCCACAACCUCCUCCUCGCGCCCCAUCACCACAAGAUAGCAACGUAUCCUGGCAACAGGCCGAUGACCGCGACUAUCUACGCAAAGCAUGGGAAACCACACAACGACAACCCGCCCGUCCGUUACCAGAACCCACACCCACAGCACCCUCCCUACCCACGCGUCCCGUCCCGUCCCCCACCCCAUCUCCCCGGCCCCUCCCCGACCCCGCCGCCUAUGCCAAACCCUCUCAAUCCCCCGCCUUUCCAUCCCACCAUCCCCAAAACAGAACAGAACGCUAUCUCUCCAGCAACCCAGCCCCGACCCCCUCGCCGCCCAAAUCCCACAUUCCCCCCGAGCUCACCUCGACCGCCGAACUCCGCGCCGAAGACGCCCGCCGCGCCGCCAGCCAGCAGAAGACCAAGGCGUUGGGCUGGGCCUCCAAGUCGCUACUCGAGCGCGAAAUGGAGCGCGAGCGCGAGCGCCAGAAGGAGUGGGAGGAGACGCAGCGCGCGCUGCAGGAUCAGGCCAAGGAUCCGCAUGCGGGGACUCGAGGUGGGCAGAGUUGGGAUGUUAAUCAGUAUGGAUAUAUGGGCGGGGAUAAUCAGAAUACGUUGGGAGGGAUUGGGGCAGGCAAGAGGCAGAUUAUUGGACCGAGGCCUUUUGGGGGGAGAUGA